AAUAUUUAGUUAGCUAAAUUCAUUUUUCGUUCACAUUUUUUGAAAUUCUUUAAUUAAUUUUGUGUGGCAUUUCAAAUUUUAAAAAUGGAAGCUCCUGACGAUUAUCUUCCUUUUGCUUUUACUUCACUAUUGGAUCCAGAAGUUUUCGACGAAAAUUUAGAUGAUUCAAAUCAAAAUGUCCUUAACAGAUUAAUCACGAAUGGUGCUGAUCCGGAUAGAAGACGUUCUUACGACCUCACAGCAAUAAGAUUUAAAUUCAACGAACUUGAGGCGACUAUUUACAAAUAUUUGCUUCUUUGGCCACAUCCAAUUCGUCAUCAUGAACCAUUAAAGGAAAACUUAAAUUUACUGUCGACAGUGUUAAACGACCUUAUGAUAGCAGCUCUAAUUGAAUUUGAAAAUGUCGGACAUAUUCCCUUCAUACCAGGACAUAUGUCAAGUCCAAAUCGAAGAUUAUAAGAUAAAUGAAACGUUUUAAUAUGCUUCCAGUCGACCAAAUACACCAACGAACGAACAUGGAUCGAGCAGGUCCCUUUAACAGACGUCAAAAUCGUAGCUUCUCAAUUUUUCCUUAAUCUGAUUUAACAUUAAAUAAAUUGUCGAAUAAAAUGAAAAUAAUAAAAAUCAUCUAACUUUCAAGUA